AUCCCAGUGUUUUACAUUUGCAGCAGAAUAAUAAAUUCAACCAACCGGCUCUGCUUAACUUCCGGUUCUGAGUUUGGUCAGGUUUGUGGCGCCAGGGGGCGGUAGCAACUCUUUCAGUCUUCUAACACGACUUGCCCGCGCAACUUGGGUGAAAGGAGCAAAUAAAGACAACAGCCACCGAGUAGACAUCUAAAAUCACAAUGAGUGUUGACGUGAAGAAACUGAAAGUCAAUGAGUUAAAAGAAGAGCUCCAGCGCCGUGGCCUGGACACCAGAGGCCUGAAGGCAGACCUCGUAGAGAGGCUGAAAGCCGCUCUGGAGGCUGAAGCUAAGGCUGAUGCUGGUGAGCAAGAGGAUAAAGGGGAUCAGCAGCAGGAAGAGGAAUACGGUGAUGACUACCAAGACAAUGAAGAUGAAACGGAUCCACAAGAGCAGCAGGAUUCAGAAGCAGCUGAGGACUAUGGUGGUGGUGAUGAAGCUGAAGGUGAUGAAGCUGAAGGUGAUGCCCCUCAAGAUGAAGAUGAGGGCCGAGAUUCAGGUGGUUACUAUGAAGAAGAGGAGGCAGAAGGUAACCCGUAUGAAAGUCAGACUCCUUCAGACUCAGGCCACAAUGUGCCUGACUUCACAGCAGAUGAGGAUAUUCAGAAAACUGACAUGAUGUCUGAGGAAGAGACCAAGCCUGCAACAAAGGAAGUGGAGGAGGAGGAGAAUGAAGAGGAGGAGAAUGAAAAGAAUAGACAAGAAGUUAAAGUAGAGGUCAAAAUGGAAGAUGAAUCUGAGGGUGCAGGUGAAAGGCAACAAGAUAAUCAGCACGAACAGCCGCAUGGGGAAGAUACCGCGGGCCAGCCAGAGCAAGUCAAAACUGAAGCUGAGAGAGGUGGACACUAUGGACGUAAGAGGCCAUAUGAGGAGAACAGGGGCUACAGCUAUUAUGAGCACCGUGAGGAGAAGAGAUCCCGAACACCACAGCCUCCUGCUGAAGAUGAAGAGGAGAACAUAGACGACACUCUUGUUACAAUUGAUACAUACAAUUGUGAUUUGCACUUCAAAGUUUCCCGAGAUCGCUACAGUGGUUAUCCACUGACCAUUGAAGGCUUUGCUUACCUUUGGGCUGGGGCACGAGCAACUCAUGGAGUCACCCAGGGACGCGUGUGCUAUGAGAUGAAGAUCAAUGAAGAAAUUCCUGUGAAGCACCUCCCCAGCAGUGAGCCUGAUCCCCAUGUGGUCAGAAUUGGGUGGUCUCUCAACCACUGCAGCACUCAGCUUGGUGAGGAGCCAUUUUCCUUUGGAUAUGGAGGAACAGGAAAAAAAUCCGUUGACUGUAAAUUUUCAGACUUUGGUGAGAAGUUUGGCGAAAAUGAUGUCAUCGGUUGUUACAUUGACUUUGACAGUGGUGACGAGGUGGAGAUGGGCUUCUCUAAGAAUGGAGUGUAUUUGGGUGUGGCUUUCCGGACAACCAAAGAAGCCUUGGCAGGCCGUGCCCUGUUCCCUCACGUCCUGGUUAAGAAUUGUGCAGUUGAGUUCAACUUUGGACAGAAGCGAGAGCCUUACUUCCCCCCACAAGAAGGAUACACCUUCAUCCACAAUCUGGACAUGGAGGACAAGAUCAGAGGUACUAAAGGACCUGCCAGCAAGUCUGAAUGUGAGAUUUUGAUGAUGGUUGGCCUCCCUGCCUGUGGAAAAACCACUUGGGCUGCAAAGCAUGCAGAGAGUAACCCGGAGAAGAAGUACAACAUCCUGGGCACAAAUGCUAUCAUGGACAAGAUGAAGGUCAUGGGUCUGCGCCGCCAGAGGAACUACGCCGGGCGCUGGGAUGUUCUGAUACAGCAGGCGACUCAGUGUCUGAACCGGCUGAUUGAGAUCGCCGCCCGCAAGAGACGCAACUACAUUCUUGAUCAGACAAAUGUUUAUGGAUCAGCAAGGAGACGAAAAAUGCGUCCUUUUGAAGGUUUUCAACGCAAGGCUAUUGUAAUUUGUCCCACGGACGAGGAUUUAAAAGAACGAACAUUAAAGCAAACCAAUGAGCAGGGGAAGGAUGUGCCCGAUCAUGCUGUGUUAGAAAUGAAAGCCAACUUUACUCUCCCUGAGCCUUGCGACUUCCUGGAAGCCGUGACGUACGCUGAGCUGCAGCGUGACGAGGCUGAAAAGUUGAUGAAGCAGUACAAUGAGGAGGGCCGCAAAGCUGGCCCACCCCCUGAGAAACGCUUCGAUAACAGGUCUGGUGGGUUCCGUGGCCGCGGAGGUGGUAGCUUCCAGCGGUAUGACAACCGUGAUGGAGCUCGUGGUGGCUACCAGAACCGCAGUGGAGAUGGAGGCAGUGGAUACAGAGGAGGCUACAAUCGUGGCAGCUAUAACCAGAGCAGGUGGGGCAACAGCUACCGUGACGGAGGCUCUGAUGCACGAAGUGGAUAUAACCGCAGUCAGCAGUCAGGGGGAAGCUACAGAACCGCACCCCCUUACAACAAAGGAGGAUACAACCAGGGCUACAGCCAGAGCUACAAUCAAGGGUACAACCAGGGAAGCUACAACCAGAAUUACUACAGCAACUACAGUCAGUACCCAGGAUACAGUCAGAGCUACAGCCAGACACCUGCCACUAGUCAGACGUACAACCACCACCAGCAGCAGCAACCACAACAGCAGCCACAACAGCAGCCACAGCAGAACUACAACCAGCAGUAUCAGCAGUAUGCUCAGCAGUGGCAGCAGUACUACCAGAAUCAGAACCAGUGGAAUCAAUAUUACAGCCAGUAUGGCAGCUAUCCUGGACAAGGCAGCCAAGGCUCAUCUUCUGGUUCCCAGUAGCUUCCCUCCUGCAUCUGUACCUGCAUCCACCUGUGUCCUGAACACCUCUGAUAACUGCAGAAGAUUGAUUUUUGUACAGUCCCACAUUGUGUCUCCAACCAUAACAUCCAUCUGAUUUAACACCGUAGCCUUCAUUUGCCAUCAAUCAGUGUACACCUAAAUUACAUACAGUUUGAUGUCUUUUCAUUAUUUUUACUGAAUUAAGUCUUAUUCUAAGCAGUGACCGUGAAGUGGUAGAUGAUAGGUAUCAAGACAUUUAAUGAAUGUUAUUGAUAAUGCAUUCAGUGUGGAUGUAUGAAAUCCACAUUUACUACAGAUUGAAGAGGUAAUUGUACAUUUCAUAGUGUGAAGAAGGCAGGAAAAGUACAGCAAACCCUGAAUACUUUUGCUUGCUUUGAGAAGAACAAAAUGCAUGCUUUUUACAUCCACGACCCUGUCCUGUCUUGCUUUUUAAUUUUCAGUUACCGAUUUUACAUUUUCUUUACUGCAAUAGACACCAAGCAUUAUGAAACACAUUUUUUAACUAGGUGUUGAUGCUGUAGUAUUUAAUCCAGUCUUUGAUUGAGAAAAAUAUUUUGCCACUCUUGUUGACUAGUUCUAUGUGCAGGGUUUUUUUUUUUUUCCAUCCCUUUGUGAUUGCGCAUUUUGUCUUGUAGUUUAAUCCUGUUCUUUUCAAACCAUUUGUUUUCUACCUGAAAAUGAAAAUCAGAUUUUGAUCAGUUAUGCAAACUGUCUUCUUGUCUUUAUACAAUAAAUGCAGUUGUAUAUGCCUGUAA